AUGGGUGUAAGUAAUAAAUGUGCCGGCAAGCGCGAGCCAGAAAAAGAAAUCGAAGCACAGAGAUGGAUUGAAGCUGUGAUUGGUGAACGGUUUCCAUCUGAUCUACCCUACGAGCUGGCAUUACGCGACGGCAUCAUUCUUUGCAAGCUGAUGAACAGGUUGCAACCAGGGAUCAUUUCGAAGGUCAACGUUUCCGGUGGGGACUAUAAACUUAUGGACAAUAUAAGCCAAUUCCAAAAAGCUUGCAUAAAGUAUGGAGUACCAGAUGUUGACCUUUUCCAGACGACCGAUCUUUGGGACCAGAAGAAUAUUGCGCUUGUAACUCAAACUGUUUUCGCCGUCGGCAGAACGGCCUACAAACACCCCGAAUGGCGCGGCCCAUUCCUAGGCCCCAAGCCAGCUGAAGAAAAUCGACGUGAAUUCAGCGAAGACGUUCUUCGUGCCGGAAAUACUGUCAUCGGCCUACAAGCUGGAACAAACAAACUAGCUUCGCAGUCCGGACAAAGCUUUGGCGCCUCUCGUAAAAUUAUUCUUGGAAAGUAA